AUGCAUUUCUCAUCAUCAGUCUUCCUCUUUGCCUCCACAGUUGCCAGUUUAGGCAUUAAUUGUCGUGGCAGCGGUUUCUGCGACCUCACAUUCGGCUCCAGCAUUCAGGACAUCCAAGAUCAGAUUGGUAUCCUCGUUGCAGACGGCCAAGGGGACAGACACUUUGAUACAGGAGCUCAAAUCGCCUGUACCCAGGGUAAUCAAGGCAGUAUCUGUGCUUUUUACCAGAGCGGCGCAUCUGGAUCAGCCAGGGAUGCCUUUGGUCACAUCCAACAGAUCAUUGACCACAAGUGUUCACUUUGCGGCAGUGUUCCAACCCAGGAGGGGAACAAUGUGGAUUAUGGGCAGUUGACCGUCAACUUUGUUAGCGAUGCAUGCUGCGAGGGAAACUGCCAUUGUUAG